UAAAGCUCCUGGCUUGCUGCCCUGCUCCCGUCAGCAGCUGUUUUUAUGAUCUGAGCUCAGCCGGGCUGGGUUGGGGUGGUAGGGGGGGUCUGAGGAAGGGGAUGAUGACCUGGUCCCCAGAAAGCCAGGGUGGAGCGUUUGAGCAGCUGUGAUGCUGCUUCUCCUCGUGGUCAGAGGGUGGUUCCUGCUCCUUUCCCCCAGGCCCAGAGGGGGUUCCUGCUCCUCUCCUCCAUGGCCGAAGGGUGGCUCCUGCUCCAACACCCAGCCACGGCUGCCACCAAAACCGAUACCUCUCUUCUGCCGUAAAAAAGGGAAAAGGCAGCUUCUUGUGCUGACUUCCCACUUUCCUUUCCCCUUCUCCCUGUAGAGCCAGGUCCCGGCGGCACCUCCAGCCUCCUAAAAAAAACCCUCCCCAAACCGUGCUGGGGGCUGCAGUGUCCCAGCUCGGGCUGCUCCGCAGGUGGCUUUGGGGGCUCCUGUGUCACCGGGACCGGGGCUGGCUCAGAGCCCGCGGAGGAGGUUACGGCAGCGCCAAGUCCCGCGUGGUCCGUGUCCGACCCCCCCUCCCCCCCGCGCCGAGUCCUCCCCCGGCUGCCGAUGGCGGCAGCGGCGAUGAUCGCAGUGUCCAUCCCCGCGGCGGAGCCGCAGCCGGCGGCGCGCAGCCCCGACAAGGCUCACACGGUGUUCCGGCUGGAGGUGCGGUGCGGCGGGCGGCGGCACUGGCUGCUGAAGCGCUACAGCGAGUUCCAGGCGCUGCACAGGCAGAUCAAGAAGAUCUGCAAGGUCCCCGACCUGCCCCCGCGCCGCAUUCCCAGCUGGAUGCCCAAGGCACUGGAGCAGCGCCGGCAGGGCCUGGAGCUCUACCUCCGAGGUAUCCUGUGCCACAACGCGGAGCUGCCCCGGGACCUGCUGGACUUCCUGAAGGUGCAGUGCUGCCAGCCCGACCCCAAGGCCAGCAGCCCCCCCACUGCCAGCUGCCUGCCCUCCCAGCGGCCUGUCAUCGGCUUCUGCACCGACCCCUACCUGCGGGCACCGGGCACCGAGUCCAACGUCCGAUUCCAGUACAAGUGAGCAUUCGCAGCAUGCUGUGGGGGCCAGUCCUCCCCUGCCAACGCAUCACCGCGGCCAAAAAACAACACCGGGGCUGGGUCACCCUGAAAGCGAGCCCCUGGACCAACCCACUUAAAAACAAGGUCAAGAGAGGUUCUAAACAAUCAAAUACAUUCACUUAAAAAAACAGAAACGAAACAGAAACGAAACAAAAACAUUUAAGAACAAAACCUGUUGAGAUGGCCCCUGUGCCCCCCGCCCUCCCUCGCCCUGCGCACACUCACAGAGGCUGCGACCACAGCUGCUUCCUACCCGCCGGAGGCAGCCGGGAAGGACCGAAGGCGGCAGGAGAUGCAGAAGGAAUCGAGUUCUGGUGACAGGCACUUAGUGGGGCUCGGGAGGGCAGCGACAGAAGUGUCUGAGGGCCCGGCUCUGACUGCAGCGGGCAGGACCACUCCUGGGGGAGCGCCUGAGCCCUUUCCUCUCCCUCCCAAGACACCAAACCAUGGUUUCCUGUAGCAGAGAGGGAGAGCGCCUGCGACAGAGCCACCGGCCAGGCUUCUGGGAGCCGCAGGCAGUGGAGGAGCUGGGAAAAAGGGUGAUGGAACACGGCCGCUGUCCCUGUCCUGGCAGGUGCCUGCGUGUGCCGGCGCGGGGCAGGGCUCGGGAGCGCUGUGCAGAAGGCACAGCAGGGCACAGGUGGCUUCUGGCGGGCUCUGCGCUCCCAGCAGCGUCCCUCGGGAUAAGGCAUGGAGGAGACGCGGUGGAGAACGACAAAGAGUAAGCCUUAAGGGGAUCCCAGCCUGGGGGCGAAGCUUUGCUGUCGCCAGCACCACGCCAGCAUCUGCCUGCUCUAGGGAUGCACCAGGAGCAAGCCCAGAGCCUCCUGCCAGGGGAUGAUCUUCUGCCCUCUAGGCCUGCUCCUGCCCAGCCAGGGGACAAAGCUCCUGGGAAUGCUGCUCCAAGCUAUGCAGACUGUCACUCUGAGCUACAGCAGACCACGAGGUCAGUCACUCCCUUUCCUCACAGGGGUUCUGGGGAUGAGCCAGGCCAAGCAGUCCCCUGAGCAAACAAUCCCAGCCUGGUCACGCAUCGCGCAGGGAAAGACGAAAUACAAGGAACCUAUCUGCACUCUCCCCAAAGGCGCUGGAGCUCUCCCAUAGCCCUACCACACUCCUGACAGCCUGGGGCAGCCCUCAGCCUCCUCCCGCUUUGGCCAGGCUGCAGCAGCAGGCCGCAAGAUCUCCUGAGCCCUUUGCUAGCUGCCAGCGCGGCGGGAGCAGGGUAGCAGGGCGUGCGGGACGUGCGGCUCCUCUGGCGGGCGGGCAAGGGGACGGGAAGGUGAUUCCAGUCAGUCCUGUCUGACCAUCUGGAGAUGAAAUCAGUGUUAAGGCAGUCAAGUAUCCUCUCCCCUGCUGAGGAAGCUUCCCUCCUGCUAAUGCUUUCUAACAGAGGGUUCACGACCACCCCACCGGAGGGGCCUCGUUGCCCACACCCAGAAACACCUUCGCUUUGGCAGGCCUCCCGGUGACCUUACUCAGAUCUACCUCUCCAGCCAGCACGAACUGCUUCCUCCUGCCGCUGCUGGUCACGGCCUGGCUGCUCCAGCUGGCAGGGGCAGGCCGGGCGCAGGACACCACCGUGGGGACAUUCACCGGCAGCUGGGGAGGGCGGCUGGAAAUUCAAGUAUGCUUCCCUCCGCGCACAGGGGGCACCCGGACUGGCAUGGGGAGCACGGUGAUGCCCUCCGCACCCUGCCACGGCUGCCGGCCUCACACAGCACUCCGCGGGCAGACGUGCAGCUGUGAACGCUAAAGCGGAUUAAAAGUGCAACGACAUCGGCUUCUGGGACACAAUCCACACUGCUCUGGUCCUGGCAGGGGACGGAGGUGCCAAGGGAGCCCGGGAACAGGAGGGGGAAAAAACCCAACAGAAAAAGAACCCUAAGUGGAACAGUAGAUUGCAAAUGUCUCACAGCUUGCACCUUACAGUGUCGCUGUUCCCGAGGAGCCCCAAAGGGAACCUGUCCUUACAGCUGCAGCAGCCGGGCCCUUCUCCCGUGCCAGCCUCCUGCCCCUCCUGACAACCACUGGAGCCCACCAUGAGAUUCUUCGCGUGGGUAGGGAGGGAGGAGGCCAGAGGAGCGGAGAGCAGGGGCGGGCGGGGAAGUGAGCAGCACUAAGCGCACUGCUCAGGUCCGCAUGAGCGAUGCCUUCACCGUAAACAAGGGCAGGGGGGGUCAGCCAGCCAGCCCCCCCCGGCGCCACCAAGACCUGAGCCAGCCACAGUCCUGGUCCCAAAAGGAGCUUCAGGCUUGGAGUGAACGAGGGAGACCGUUCAGCAGGUCCCUCCCCGAGUGGUUUGUUUUGGAACGUUUUCUUCUGUUUUUGGUUUAAAAUGUCACUUUUAAACUUUU